AAAAAGAUGACAUAAUUAGUGUUCCAUAUAUUGCAAUAUAAAACAAAACAUUUUUACAUAUCACAACAAAAAAUGUACAGUCACGACAACCGUUAUCGGGGACAGAUAAGACAAAAAUAAAUCUGGAGGAGUCGCCCAUCAUGGCAGCUAGGAAUCUUGUACCUGUGGACAAGGGCUGGGCCUGGGUCAUUGUCCUAGGGACAUUUGGAAGUAUGGCAGUAGUAGUUGGGACACUGAAGUCAUUUGGAGUACUUUUGGUUGAGCUGUCACAUAGAUAUGACGCCCCCGCCAGUCUCCUGGCUUCCUCACAGUCUCUCUGUGGGUGGCUUCAUCUAGCUUUUGCCCCGGUCUCGAACAUCCUUUGUCAGCGCUUUGGUCACAGAUGGGUGGUUUUCUGUGGUGGUAUUCUGUCAGCAAUAGGACUGGUCGCCACUAGCUUCGUCAGAGAUAUCGAGUGGUUCUUUAUAACAUACGGAAUAAUCACAGGAGUCGGUUUUGGAUUGAUUGUUGCAACAGUGUUAGUGUUCCCGAGUUUUUACUUCGACAAGAAGCUUCCACUGGCCCUAGGUCUUGCUUCCUCAGGGUCGGGUAUGGGAUCCUUCAUAUUUCCAAAUCUGAUGAGAUUUCUUCUGGAUGAAUACUCAGUUAGUGGUUGUCUACUUAUUUUGGGAGGAAUUCUUUUGCACAUUUGUGCUUUUGCUCUACUUUUUCGACCAACGUCAUACUGGAGAAGGGAAAAUAUAAUCAUAAAGCCGCUCGACAUUAAUAAGAAAAAAACAUGGAAAAAGGACAUUGAGAUGAAUUUCAAAGAAGGUGAACACAAUGAAUUACUGGGAGAAAACAGUCCGUGCAAUAUUACCAGUGUUUUAGGAUACGAGUCAACAUUGGUUCCUCAGAAGGGCAUCCUUCAUUCAAAAUCUUUACCAUCGUUAUCAAAUGCUUCUACUUUAUAUGCCAUAAGACCCUCAAACAGUGAAAAUAACAUAUAUCCCACGAAAAUAUUCACCAAUUAUAAAUUAUCAAAAAGAAUUAGUACACCAUCAACAAAACUAGAAGAACGAGAUAAAAACACACCAAAGCCCCCUAUUAUAAAUCUGGCAAUGUUCAAGGACCCUUUAUUCAUUUUAGUAAAUGUAGGUGUAUUUUUAGCUACUUUCGGUCACCACAACAGCUUUAAUUUUGUCCCACCUUUGGCGGAUGAGUUAGGCUUCUCAGAAUCCGAAGGAGCACUGUCUGUGUCCAUCGUAGGAAUAACUGACCUGAUAGGAAGGGUAUCCAGCGGUAUUAUAGGCAAUGCUUUCUUUAAAAGAAGAGUAAAGCUAUAUAUAAUCUGUCUGCUGGUGUUCUCAACAGGCUCAAUGAUUGUGGUCCAUAUUAACUAUUUCUACGUCUUCAUCGUUUUAUGUGGCGUUCUAGGAUUAACUACUGGUGGUUUUAUCGGAGUGCAGAUUUCCACAAUUGCUGACGAACUGGGGCGAGAGAAUCUGUCCACAGCCUGGGGAUACGUAGCCUUCACUUCGUCCUUCUCCAUUUUGAUAAAUCCCGCUCUCUCAGGUGCAAUUAAGGAUAGUUCUGGUUCGUGGAAGAAUGCUUUCAGAAUGUCGUCUGCUUGUGGAUUUUUAGGCUCGGCUAUACUCCUCAUAGAAAUCUAUGUCCGAAAACGACUACAGGAAAAAAAUUCUGCCCAAUAAGUUUAUGAAACUUUGAUCUUCCUGAAAAUGAAGGCGUGCAAAGCAUUUUUCAAUUCUAAAAGUUCCUGAAAAGUUAUAUUUUUCAAAAAUUACAUUGUCAAUAUAAUCUUUUGCACAUUUGUUUCCUAUAUAUUGUUUAAUAAAUUAUUGACAAAUAA